UACGUUUUGAUUAGGGCGGGAAGUGAAAAAUGUGCCCGUAACAUCUCUCCGCUCUCGCGCUGUCAGUUUGUUUCUUUCUCUCUCUAGGGCUUAUUUGUUCAAAAUUCAAAAAGUUUAGUAUUUAAAUUUCUUCAAAGAUUUUCAGUUUUCAGACAAUUUGAUGCUCUAGCAAGACGGAGGAGAUAGGGAAGAUGACUUUGCGGAAAGGCUCCAAGGUUUGGGUGGAAGACAGAGACUCAGCUUGGGUCGCAGCUGAAGUGACCGAUUUUAUAGGUAAACAAGUCCAAGUUCUCACUCAGAAUGGUAAAAAGGUAUUGGCGUUGCCGGAGAAGCUGCAUCCGAGGGAUGCGGAAGCGGACCACGGAGGAGUGGAUGAUAUGACGAAGUUGACGUACUUGAAUGAGCCUGGAGUGCUUGAUAAUCUUCAGAGGAGAUAUGGACUUAAUGAAAUUUACACCUACACUGGAAGCAUUCUUAUUGCUGUCAAUCCAUUCACAAAGCUUCCUCAUCUAUAUAACCUACACAUGAUGGAACAGUACAAUGGGGCUCCAUUUGGCGAGCUGAAUCCGCAUGUUUUUGCUGUGGCAGAUGCAUCUUAUAGGGCAAUGAUGGGGGAGGGUAGAAGCCAGUCCAUAUUAGUUAGUGGCGAAAGUGGUGCUGGAAAAACUGAAACAACAAAACUAAUUAUGCAGUAUCUUACUUAUGUUGGUGGUCGUGCAGCUGGAGAUGACAGAACUGUUGAACAGCAAGUUCUUGAGUCAAACCCCUUGCUGGAGGCAUUUGGUAAUGCUCGGACUGUGAGAAAUGAUAAUUCAAGUCGCUUUGGGAAGUUUGUUGAGAUCCAGUUUGAUGCAAGUGGUAGAAUAUCUGGUGCUGCAAUUAGAACGUACCUUCUGGAGCGAUCACGUGUUGUUCAAAUAACAGAUCCUGAAAGAAAUUACCACUGCUUCUACCAGUUGUGUGCUUCUGGAUUGGAUGCGGAGAAGUACAAACUUGGCCAUCCAAGUACCUUCCACUACCUGAAUCAAAGCAAGAUUUAUGAAUUGGAUGGCGUGAGCAAUGCCGAGGAAUACGUCAAAACAAGAAGGGCAAUGGACAUUGUUGGCAUUAGCUCUGAGGAACAGGAAGCAAUAUUUCGGACAUUGGCUGCCAUACUGCAUCUUGGAAAUGUAGAUUUUUCUCCUGGUAAAGAGCAUGAUUCAUCAACUAUAAAGGAUCAAAAGUCUGACUUCCAUUUGCAGAUGGCCUCAAACCUUCUUAUGUGUGAUGUGAAUCUUUUGCUGGCUACCCUCUGCACGCGCUCAAUACAAACUCUUGAAGGGGUCAUCAUUAAAGCUCUUGACUGCAAUGCAGCCACAGCUGGUCGGGAUGCUUUGGCAAAAACUAUCUAUGCUCGGCUAUUUGAUUGGCUUGUUGAAAAGAUCAAUCGAUCUGUUGGACAAGAUCAUGAUUCAAGGAUAAAAAUAGGAGUUUUGGACAUAUACGGAUUUGAAUGCUUCAAACAUAACAGUUUUGAGCAAUUCUGCAUUAAUUUUGCAAAUGAAAAGCUUCAACAACAUUUCAAUGAGCAUGUGUUCAAGAUGGAGCAGGAGGAAUAUCAUAAAGAAGAAAUAAAUUGGAGUUACAUUGAAUUUAUAGACAACCAAGAUGUCCUGGAUCUGAUUGAGAAGAAGCCCAUUGGGAUAAUUGCACUUCUGGAUGAAGCUUGCAUGUUCCCUAAAUCAACUCAUGGAACAUUUUCGAACAAAUUAUUCCAGAAUUUCCGGACCCAUCCACGGUUGGAGAAGGCCAAGUUUUCUGAAACAGAUUUCACCAUUUCCCACUAUGCUGGCAAGGUCUCAUAUCAGACAGAAACAUUCUUAGAUAAAAAUCGUGAUUAUGUUGUAGUUGAGCACUGCAAUCUCUUAUCUUCUUCAAAAUGUCCCUUCAUCGCUGGUCUCUUUCCUUCAUCUGCAGAAGAGUUUUCUAGAUCUUCAUAUAAAUUUUCUUCAGUGGCCUCUCGGUUUAAGCAACAACUUCAAUCUCUUAUGGAGAUCCUUAGUUCUACGGAGCCUCACUAUAUCCGCUGCGUGAAGCCAAACUCUUUUAAUCGGCCCCAGAAGUUUGAGAAUCAAAGCAUCUUACACCAGUUACGCUGUGGGGGUGUAUUAGAAGCUGUUCGCAUAAGUUUGGCAGGUUACCCCUCUCGGAAGACCUAUCAUGAGUUUGUUGAUCGAUUUGGUAUUAUAGCCUUGGACAUGAUGGAUGGACGGUAUGAUGAGAAAACUAUGACUGAGAAAAUACUACAAAGACUAAAUCUCAGGAACUUUCAGUUGGGAAAGACCAAAGUUUUCCUCCGAGCUGGUCAAAUUGCUGUCUUAGACACGCGUCGUGCAGAGGUUUUAGAUUCUGCUGCAAAGUGUAUUCAGGGUAGAUUGCGGACGUUUUUUGCACGCAGGGAUUUUCUCUUGCACCAGUCAGCUGGAAUUUCAUUACAAGCAUGCUGUAGAGGUCAUCUUGCUCGAAAACUGUAUACUUCAAUAAGAGAGGAAACAGCUGCUAUUAUCAUACAGAAAUAUGCCCGGAGAUGGUUGUUCAGGCAUGCCUAUGUUCAGCUUUACAUGUCAAUUGUAUUCAUACAGUCUAGCAUCCGUGGUUUCUCUGCACGGCAAAAGUUUUUGUACAGGAAGGAGCACAGAGCUGCUUCUAUAAUUCAGGCUUUUUGGAGGAUGUGUAAGAUUCGCUCUGCUUACUGUCACCGGCAAUCUAAUAUUAUCGCUAUACAAUGUCUUUGGAGGCAAAAGAUGGCUAAAAGAGAAUUUAGAAGGCUUAAACAGGAGGCUAAUGAAGCUGGUGCCUUGCGUGUAGCGAAGACCAAACUUGAGAAGCAGUUAGAAGAUCUUACCUGGCGAUUGCACUUGGAAAAAAAAUUACGGGUGUCUAAUGAAGAGUCUAAGUUGGGGGAAAUAUCAAAACUUCACAAGACUGUCGAAUCGUUAAGCCUUCAAUUAGAUGCUGCAAAACUUGCUACAGUCAAUGAGUUCAACAAGAGUGCAGUGCUUCAAAGGCAAUUAGAACUAUCAAUGAAGGGGAAAUCUGCUUUGGAAAGAGAAGUUGUGGCUCUGUCUGAAUUAAGGAAUGAAAAUGAGAUUUUGAAGAAUUCUCUGAUUUCCUUGGAGCGGAAGAACUCUGCACUAGAGCGCGAGCUUGUCAAGGCUAAACAAGAUACCAGUUCUACUAUUCAAAAGCUGGAAAAAGUUGACCUCACCUGUUCAGAACUUCAACAAAAUCUAAGAAGUUUGGAAGAAAAGCUCUCAAAUUUGGAAGAUGAGAACCAUGUACUUCGACAAAAAGCAAUAAGUGCAACUCCAAAGAGCAUCCGUCCUGGUUAUGUCAAGCCUUUUCUGGAUAAAUUUUCAGGAGCACUUGCUCUUUCCUCUGCAGAUCGGAAGCCUUCAUUUUCACCUACUCCGUCAAAAAUUAUAGCUCCUCUAUCACAAGGGUUAUCUGAUUCUCGCUACACGAAAUUAACCACUGAAAGGCACCAGGAGAAUUAUGAUAUACUUUCAAGGUGUAUAAAAGAGAAUUUGGGUUUUAAAGAUAGCAAGCCGGUUGCUGCUUGUGUCAUCUAUAGAUGCCUCCUCCAUUGGCAUGCCUUUGAAUCUGAGAGGACUUCGAUUUUUGACUUUAUCAUUGAGAGAAUCAAUGAGGUUCUAAAGGUUGGGAAUGAGGAUACAACCUUGCCUUACUGGUUGUCAAAUGCAUCCGCUCUUCUGUGCCUUCUUCAAAAGAAUUUGCGGUCCAAUGGAUACUUAAAUGCAAAUUCUCACCGUUCCCCUGGUUUCACUGGGCUUAAUGGCACCGUUACACAUGUUUCAAAAUCACCAUUCAAAUAUAUUGGAUUGGAGGAUGGUUUAUCUUUUGUGGAAGCAAAAUAUCCUUCACUUUUAUUCAAACAACAGUUAACUGCCUGUGUGGAGAAGAUUUUUGGGUUGAUACGUGACAAUCUGAAGAAAGAAAUAUCCCCUCUUCUGGGUCUAUGCAUUCAGGCUCCUAAAAAUCAAAGAGUACAUGGAGGUAAACUAUCACGAUCACCCGGAGGAGUUCCUCAACAGUCGCCAAGUAGUCAGUGGGAUAGCAUCAUCAAAUUUUUGGAUUCCCUUAUGAGCCGUCUUCGAGAAAAUCAUGUACCUUCAUUUUUCAUCCGCAAGCUCAUUACUCAAGUUUUCUCUUUCAUCAAUAUAUCACUUUUUAACAGCCUAUUGCUUCGACGAGAGUGUUGCACUUUUUCAAAUGGAGAAUAUGUUAAAUCUGGUCUGGCUGAACUGGAGAAAUGGAUAGUGACUGCAAAAGAGGAGUUUGCAGGAACUUCUUGGCAUGAACUAAAUUACAUUAGACAGGCUGUUGGCUUUCUGGUGAUUCAUCAGAAGAGAAAAAAAUCAUUAGAUGAGAUAAUGCAGGAUCUUUGUCCGGCAUUGACGAUCAGGCAAAUCUAUCGCAUAAGUACAAUGUACUGGGAUGACAAGUAUGGGACUCAAAGUGUGUCAAAUGAGGUUGUUGCUCAGAUGAGAGAGACCCUAAAUAAAGAUUCUCAAAAUUUGACAUCAAAUUCAUUCUUGUUGGAUGAUGAUCUAAGCAUUCCGUUCUCAACGGAGGAUAUUUAUAUGGCACUUCCGCCAGUAGAUCCAUCAGAUGUGGAGCUCCCCAAGUUUUUGUCAGAAUAUCCUUCUGCACAGUUCCUGGUCAAGAACGUAAAUGUAAAUACCUUGCCUUGAUGCUAUCAAGUGGUUCAGCUGAAAGAAUUGAGCUCAGUUCAGGAGAUACUGGACCAGCUUUGCAUCCUGAGCAUAUUUCUUUUCUUGAUCAUCAUUGGGCUCAGGGUUAAUACAAUGUAGUGUUGUUUUCCAAGGCCAGUCUGUAGUUUCUCGAUGCUGCUAUAAUUAUCGGCAGGAAAAGAGAAAUUUCUUUUUCUUAGUUUAUGGGGAUUCAUUAGGGGUGAAAUCCCCAGAAUCUAGAUAGGUCACACUUUUAUUUAGGAAGUGGAUGAUUUGUAUAUGGGAUAGAUAACAUCUGCUUGAAUCACAAUAUUUAUCUUCUCAAAAGAUUAGCCUUUUGAGCUCUGUACAGUGUACAUCAUCUUGUAAUAUUUGGUAAUACAAUCGUUUCAUCUCUCUGCCUCUCUA